UCCUCAUCACCCACCAACCCUCUCGUAAGAGAGACUGAAAAUCUUGUCAAAGUCACAACAAACCCAGAAAAUCUAAACUUUUGCCAUCAGCGAAGUUAUGUGAUAUUUAGGGACCAGUGACGGUUUGAAAUUAUCUCAGUGCCCAUUUGCGCCACAUGUGAGUUUAUACAACAGCUCAGAACCGUUCAUCUCAACCAUCAACCGUCGACUCAACACAACACCAGCAUACCAACCGCGCUUCUAAACUACCGACCCCAAACAUCCAAACCACCCCUCUCACCAAAAAAGAACAAAAGCCAUGAACAGCCCCCCAACCAGCACCCCCCACCGCAAGCGCAAACGCGCGCCCUCAGAGGCGGUCAUCAACCCCCUCUCCCACUCCCCCGACACCCUCCGACAAUUCGUCCUCGCCGGCUACCCCGCCGACAAGCCCCUCCCCUCCAGAGCCCACCCGGGCUUCCCGCACCGCGGCACCUCCCGCCCCGCCCGCAAGCAACUCCCCACCACCACCACCACCACCGCCGCCAGCAGCGACGACGACGACGACGACGACGACCCCACCGCAGCAGCAGCAGCAGCCUUCCGCUCCACCCCAGCCAGCGACGCCGACGACGACGCGACCGCCACCGAAGGCGGCUGGCGCACCACCGAUGCCGAGACCACUGACCCCGAAUCCGAGCCCACCACCACCACCAGCAGCGGCAACCGCCGCAGUCGCACCCGUAGCCGUAGGGGGAAGCACGGCAACGACACUUCCACAGCAACAACAGAUCGCGGGGCGCGCGCGUACCGGGCGCGCCUGGGGUGUCUGGCGGCCGUGGUGCGGCGGUGUCUGGCCGAGGGGGAUGUGGCGAGGGCGAGGCGGGCGUUUGGGCUGCUGGUGCGGGCGCGGGUGUACGGGCGGAGGGUGGAUUUGAGAAGGGAGCGGUUUUGGGAGAUGGGGGCGGAGGUGCUGGUGAGGGAGGGGGAGGUUGGGGGGGGUGGGAGGGGUGGGAGGGUUAGCAGGGUUAGGAGGGGGGUUGGUGGAAGGGAGAGUGAUCAGGGUGAAGGGGAUGGGGAUGAGGAUGGGGAUGGGGAGGGGGAUUGGGGGCAGGUGGUGGAAGGGGAGGGGGAUGGGGAUGGGAAUGUGGAGGAUGAGGAGGUAAAGGUGGAGAGGUUGGCCCGGCUCAAGGCGUACUACGAGUACCUCAUCCAGCAGUACCCGUACAGCAAGCAGCAUGCCGGCAGCGCUCAUAAUGUGCUGGAUUUCCAGGUAGCGCUGUUCAGUGCCGAGAUGGAGGCGGCGCAUGCUGCGAACAAGAGGGGGCUGGCGAAGCUGCAGCGGGGCGACAGCUGGGAGGAGGAGGGUAGCAUGGAUGUGGAUGAACCGAUAGAGUACGGACUCGAGGGGAUGGGAGAAGGAGAGCUGGGGGGUGAGCAGUUUGAAACCGAACCCCAUCUACGAGGCCUCAGCCGCCGGGAGUUGAAACUGCGCGAGAAGGAAAACGACGUCCGGCUCGAGGCACUGCGGCGCAUGACCGACAUCGCACAGCGCAUGGACACGGUCAUGGAAACGAUCCCUUUCUCACGAGACCACGAGCUACUCAGGCUCAGAGCCAUGGUGGCGUUGUAUAUCGGGGACUUGUUCAUGAGGCCUGCACCGCGGUCUUCCUCCGAGGAUAGAGAGGGCAGGAGAGCGCGGGCUGACCAGCGCGUGAAAGCAAAAGGGCUAUUGAGCCAGAUCAAGUCGACCGGAGGGCUAAGAGACCAUGAUGAACGGCUUCUGGCGACUCUGGACUCGGAUGACGAAGACGACCUAGAGGACGCGGACCGGUCGGUGUUGCCCAUGUUUUCGUCGAUGCAAGUUUAGACAGGUGCAAAAGACACCACCGCUGGAUAGGCAAUACAACCCAAGUACCAUCAAAACCGCGCAGCUACAAACUAAAUCACACUCAAGCCACCGUCGUGGCCACCC